AUGGCGGCAGAAAGAAUUCACACUCGAGCCAAUCCGAUGGUUAAAGCCACCUAUAUCAGCAAGUUUUUCACUUAUUGGUAAGUUUUGAUAAAUAUUCCGUAGUAGAUUUAUGAUAUUUAAUACUAUAGCGGCUGUUCCCUGGCUGUGUUGUUUACAAAUGUCCCGUAGCAAUUCAUUAAUAAUCGAAUUAAUUAAUGGACUUCCAAGAAAUGAGCAACAACCGGCUACCGAAAAACCGAACGAGGUCAAUGCUAGCCUCUUAUACGCUGUAUUUCCGAUCAGAAUUUCCUCCGUAUAUUUGAUAAUAGAUUCUGCGUGCAUUUUCAUCGACUCGGCACGUGCUGAACGGGUGACAUUGUAUUAUGCAAUCACUUUUAACCUUCAAGGUUUAAGGCCUUUAGGCUGUGAAGUCCAGGGUGUCCAGUAUGCUAUGAAAAAAGCUAACUAAAAGAUUUUCUGGUCGCCCAGUCCUGAGCAAAAGUCAAGCGCCAGGGGCCACAAUGCGCUGCUCAGUGUUCAUUCUAGAAAUAGACCAUUUUACUGUAAUCCUAACCUCUUUCCUUUUCUUAUGGAAAUUAUGCUUAAAAAAUACGCAUAAGAACGACAUGAUUUACAUAACAAAGCAGGAAGGGUUGUAUCAAAAGAAGGUCAACUCCAGCCUUGUUUCCACCUGUAACUGUAAAAUGGACUAUUGUCAAAACUGGGACAGGUGUCCCAUUUGCUUUAAAAAAGUGGGGACAUUGGACUAUUGGGACGGGACAUUCACGGACGACUCGGAAUCAACUUUAACACCAUUUUUAUUGCAGGCUUUCGUCAUACCAAAGCUUAGCUAGUUAUUUUUCUCAUAGACAUAGUAGCAACUUAGCUAUCAUAGAACUCGUCUAAGGAAAGCAUUUUGAACAUCUAUAGAUUAUCAGAGUGAGAUGGUAGGAAAACAUAGUGUCAUUCACUUAAUAGGAUUUUCCGUUUUGCUUUGUUGUUUCACACUGUCAACACUCUGUCAAAGUCAAAUUUCCCUCGGUCAUGGAAUUCUUUUUGUUGUUUCUUGAAGCAGGUUCUGCAAAACAUUUUCCCUCCCAGUUCAUAAAGCCAGUCAUGUUUUGUUUGCUAAUCAGCAAGUGUUUUGGCUUGAGGUUUGGCCCUUGCCUUCUUUGAUCUUGGUUUGCCCGAUUAGCUUUGUUCUUGCUGCUAAUUCUUUAACUCUUUAUCGCUGUCUGUGGCUUCUGGAAUGUUUGCUGGCUCAUCAGCUAGUCCAUCAUUGACAUUGUUCAAAGAAGCUGUUGCAUUAUUAAUCAUCAAACGUAACCUGCUUUGUUUCAAUUUUGUCGUCAUGUUGAAAGCAUGCCGAUUGACUGGUAUCACGAGGUAAUACAUCCAGAUCCCAGGCUCCUUGUGAUGAAAUUUUCUUUUCAUUUUUGUUAUUUUACAAAAUCAUUCCUUCACACACUGACUCACGAAAACAAUUUAUUUGCAUCAGUAGGUUGUAAAAACUUGCAAAUGGCGCAAAAACGCACUCUAGAAUGAACACUGGCUGCUAAAGUGCAGCCUUGAAGGUAUUUCCUUUCAGUAGUAACACCAUAGGACAUUGCCCACAGAUGCAAAAGUUAGAAAUAUCACAAUGAUAUCAUCUCACCUGUUACUUUCCUCUUCAGGACUGUGCCACUUUAGCAGUGCCCUUGGCGCCUUACUUAGUUUCUAAAUGUCUUUUUUCCAUUAAACUCAUACUGUAAACUUCUGAUUAUAAACCCUGGGCUGAUACAACUUCAUAAGGGCUUUAAAAGGGGGAUAAGGAGAGGGGGGGGGACUCGGGGGCUUCUAACCGGACUAACAAACAUUGAAAAACAAGGUACAUCGCAGUCCUGAUAAAAAUACUUUUUGAAUUUGAUAGCUUUUCUAAGCUUCAAAACAUCGUAAAAAGUUGAAUUCAUUUCAAUACAAGCUAGAGGGGGGAUUAUAACUGGAUGUAUUGUUUUGUUUACAAGUAGAUGGGCCUAUGAAUAAGAGGGGGGGAGGGGCUAUAAUCAGACGUUUACGGUAUGCUGGGCAUCCUAGAUUUCACAGGUUCAGAGCACUAGGGCUCACUUCAUUUUUUUCUAAGGGCAUAACCUUGCAGUGAUAUCCCCUAGCUGUCUUUGAUAACAGUCUGGAAAAUACUAUGAAUAUAAUAUUACUUGUCCAUUAAUGGUUCAUUACCCUCUAUUACUAGGUGGAUGAAUGAUUUGUUUAAGAAAGGAUAUAAGCAAAACCUUGAGAAUUCUGACAUUUACCGAAUUUUACCUGAAGAAGAGAGUGAACAUUUGGCUGACAGACUGGAAAGGUAAGUUUCAGUUUGAAGUUCAAGAAAGUGUUGGCCAUGCUUUUUUUCAAUUUUGCACUAAAAAGGGGCUAUUAAAUUGAAGAGAGGAGACUUAUUCAGGGGCAGGGUGGUUUGUUUGAGUGGUGAACUAUGGUGGAGUAUGGAUAAUUGUUUCAAUUUUAUUUUUGAAACUGCUAUUGAAACCAGUUGAGCAAGGCAUGGGUAAUUACUUGGUAAACUUAACAUGCUAUUAAAAAAGUCUAGAAUUGUUCUGAGAGAAAAAAAAACAGCAGAAUGUUUUGUCAAAGUGUCUGGUCAUUGUGCUUGACCUAGCCUGAGUAGCUAGGCAUUGAGAGUAGAAAAAUGUAUGUGGCACACUCAUUGAAGUCUCUUUCUUGUCUGUGCCAUACUUUGUCAUAUGGCAGGCCUGCUUUCCGGCCAGGCUAAUUUGACAGCUCAGACUAAUAUAUAACUGGUCAAAAUGUCAUACAAUGUACUGUAAAGACCUGCUAAUAAGAACCUACAUUUUUGGAAGUCUGGUAAAAUAGGUUCUUGUAUUUUGGGGUACUUAUUGGAAAUUUAGGGUAAGUAGGUUCUUAAUAUUAUUGUUGUGAAGGAGAUGAUAGAUUGUUGAUUACCAGAAAAAUAAAUAAACUUUUAAUUUAUUUACUAUUGUAUAACUAUAACUAUAACCCUAAGAAAACUGAUUACCAAAUAUAUAUACAGUUUAGUUCAGUAUGUUCUUGUUAUACUUGAAGUUACAACUCAGAGGUACACUUCUUUGUUAAUUAAAAUUAUUUAUCAUAAUUUAAGUGUAACCCUCAUAUAAGAACCUGCCUGAUCUUGUUUGGCUAAACAGGUUCUUGUAUUUUUGGGUACACGUAUUAAAGGGGCAAAUUUCUGCCAGGAGGUUCUUACUCUGCAGUUUCUUAUUAGCAGGUGUUUACUGUAUUUUACUGGACAACUGUCCGAUGGCUGGCAGUCAUUUUCAUCCUUGGUAUAUCCAAGUAUUUAUAUAUUUUACCUAAGAUCUGGAGCUGAAGAAAUGUUUUUUUUUUUUGUAGUUUAUGGAAUGAAGAGUUAAAAGAAGCCAGGAGAAAAAACAGAAGACCAAAGCUAAGAAAUGCAUUCCUUAAAUUCUUAGGAUGGCAGUAUUUUAUAUUGACAGCUUUUCCUUUUAUAGAGGUAACCUACUAGUUGAUAGUCGUAUGAUAAGGGAAGGGGGAGUGGGUUGAAAUUUACGGGGAAAGUUUGGAGAUGGCCUAAUAUUAUGCCUCGACGGUUUAAAUAGGCUAUACACACCUUAUUCUAAAAUGGCGGUACAACUUUUCUUUUACAUUUUGUGUUUAUCAGCCCUCUUUGCCUUGAUCACACCUGCAGAAUUUAAAUAAAAGUUUUCUUAGCAAUGAGGCAUCGAUUGGGGGCCAAUUAGAAGACUAAAUUUAAGGACAAAAAAUAAAUAAAUAAAUAAAUAAAUAAAUAAAUAUAACUGUAAAACCAAAGGGAAAUAAAAAAUAAGCAAAGAGGCAAAACUUGACACUAAUUUGGAAAGAGGUGUAUUAUUUGGCAAAUUAUUUUAUUUCCCUUGAAAAAUUCUGCCCUCCACAAAAUAAUAAAAAAAAAACUUGAAAAAAAACAAACCAAAAAAAAAAAACACACAGAAAGAACAAGCGAGCAAAACAAAGUAAUAGCAAAAACACUGUCAUUAAAUUCCCCGCAAUGCUGGAAAUUUUAUGGCCUCAGCCCAGCCAUGAUUUUUUCAAGACAGACAGCCUUACAUGUAAAGUUGCAUUUCAGUGUUGUUAUUUUGUGCACUGAAUUUUAGCUUUGUAAAUUUGUUAAUAGGCUUUACCUUGAUUAAUAUAAGAAACGGAAACUCGCUUGUUGUAAUUUCAACGCUUUCAUCCUCGAAACCGGUACGAAUCGUCAUAAUUUAACUAUCAAAUUCUCGCAUACAAUCAACCAAAGCCUAACUCGAAGACAUGCCGAACAAGCACAUGUAAAACCAGUCACGUGCAAUAUAUAUUUAUCGCGCCAUAAAAGGAAUAACAAAAUGUUCACGAUCAAAACGUCAAUCAAACGAUUCUCACAAUUAAGGUUCAUGUGCAAGUGUCCACAGUUAAAAUCGUGCAAAGAUGAUAAAAAAAUUGGAGCUUACAAAUACAGCUGUUGGUUAAAAAGUUCGCAAAUUCCUUUUUCUCUUGUAGGAAUCAAUGAAAGUCGUUGCCCCUUUGAUUAUCGGCAGAUUGCUCAGUUACUUCACUCCUGUUCCUGGUAUUAGCAAAACGGAGGCCUACAUAAUGGCUCUACUUCUGUCAAUCACUGAUCUUACUCAAGCGGCGAUUCAUGCACCCAAUUUUUUCAAGAAUCAGAGACAUGGCUUACAGCUACGAAUUGCUGCAGGAACAGUUGUAUAUAGGAAGGUUGGUACUUAAUUGAUGUAUGCUAGUAUUGAAUUCUUUGUACGUAUCGUUCCGCGCUCCAAAGGUGUUUUUGUACAUGGUCCUUGCAUACAGUAUAAUCUUUAUGUCGUAUUUAUUCUCUUACCCUAAUAUUUUGUAUAAUGUACUGUACUAAGGAAAAAUUUGUUGAAAGUAAAGGCAUUUUUUUUUUGGUGGGGGAAUGGUGGUCAUUUCCGCCUUCUUCAUGACUGUUGUUGAUUAGGUGGCGAUAUUUUUGCUGGUUGUUCAAAAAGUAUUAGAACUCAAUGUAGAUAUUGACUGACUUCUUUCACUUUAUUUCCUUUUUAUUUUUAAAUAAUGACUGAGGGUUAGACCGAUAGUAGUUUUUAACACUUUGUUUUCCCUUAUACCUUCAGGUGCUACGACUAAGUCAGUCCGCCUUAUCACAAACAACAACUGGUCAAAUAGUGAACCUUAUGACUAGUGAUGUACAAAAGCUGGAACAGGUUUGUACUAAAAAUAGUGUGCUUGCUUGUAACUGCAGUUUAAACUCUUGAAUCAGCUUUCCAUGAGUGAUAUCCACAUGCCCCAAUAUCGUCCCAAAAAACGCGGCUUUAUCUAUACGGAUACAUUAGAGUUUCAUGAGAAUGAAGGCUUUUUAAAGCGAUCUCAAAGGUGAAAUCUUUUGAAAACGUAGGUCUACCGUCUUGCUUGUACAUGGCCAAAAACGAAGGUUUAAUGCUGUUUUCUUAGCUACACAUGCACGACUCUGCUUCGCUCACAACUAGGGCGGAUAAAGGUCCUAUUUUCUUUCUGUAAUUUCAGCCUACACUGUGAAAUGAGUAAAUUCAUGUCAUAACAAUAUUGAUAAACAGUUUCAUUUGUUUUAGUCUGUAUGCGUAUAAGCGGAACCGAAGAACGCUUCUGGUCUAAGUCAAACUUGUUGGUCGUAUAAUGCCCAUGUUUGAGUUAAAUGUGAAAGUGUUGAAUGCCUCCUCCUGCCGCUAAAUAUGACAUAAUCGUCUUUCGCCGUUUCGUUUGCAAAACCUCAAAACUAAUCAACCGUAAUUCUGACAUAUGAUAAAGGGAAUAAAUUUUACAUAACAUAACCAAAAAAACUAACUGGAUAUAUUUGGAUAAAGUGGUGUUGUACUACUUCUAACUUUGUCUCUCGGGUGCAGUCGCGCCAUGGCGAUUCACGCAAUGCUUCGCAAAUCUGGCAACGGCAUGUAAACAAAAUUUAUUGAUAGUUAGUUGAAAGGUUUUUUCUCCGUUUGUACGCGGGAUGACGUAGUCAUCAAUUCGUUAGCGCAUUCCUUUCGUUUUUUUCUCGGGAGUUUUUUAACUUUCCCGUAUUCCUUGCCCGUCCCGAAAAAUUGUGUAAUUUUUAUUGGCUGCAACUUCGAAUCACGUGCAAGCUAGGUUGGAUUGCACAAGCACAAAAUAGAUACUGCGUCAGCAAAGGAGGAAAAAGUAAGCUUAGUGCGUAGCGGGGGACAAAGUCAGGGCUGUGCUUUAACUUAAGGCGCCGAGUCGCCUGAGGCGAUUAAGACCUGGCCUCGGGCUACUGAAAAUAUUGUCCAGGUCACCCAGCCGGGCGACUUUCAUCUUACUUACUGUACCCUCUGUCCCUUGUGUCCCCUCUGUCACCUUGUGUACCCUGUGUCACCUUGUGUCCCCUUGUGUGCUCUGUGUCCCUUUGUGUCCCUUGUGUCCCCUUGUGUCCCCUGUGUACCCUGUCUCCUUGUGUCCCCUGUGUCCCCUCGUGUCCCCCUGUGUCUCGUGUCCCCUUGUGUCCCUUGUGUCCCCUGUGUCCCCUUGUGUCCCCUGUGCCACCUUGUGUCCCCUGUCUCCCUUGUGUCCUCUUGUGUCCCCAGUGUUUCCUUGUAUCCUGUGUCCCCUUGUGUUGCCUUGUGUCCCCCUGUGUUCUCUUGUGUCCCUUUGUGUGACUUGUGUCCCCUGUGUCCCUUAUGUCUCCUGUGUGCCCUUGUGUCACCUGUGUCCCCUGUCUCCCCUUGUGUCCUCUGCGUUUCCUUGUGUCCUCUGUGUCCCCUUGUGUUGCCUUGUGUCCCUGUGUCCCCUUGUGUCCCCUGGUGUUCCCUUGCAUCCCCUUGUGUCCCCCGUGUCCCCUCGCGUUCCCUGUGUCCUCUUGUGUCCCUUGUGUCCCUUGUGUCCUUUGUUUCCCUUGUGUCCCUUGUGUCCCCUGGUGUUCCGUUGUGUCCCCUAUGUUCCCUGUGUCCCCUGUGUUGCCUUGUUUCCCGUGUGUCCUCUUGUGUCCUCUGGUGUUCUGUUGUGUCCCCUCAUGUCCCCUGUGUCCCCUUGUGUCUCCUGUGUCCUCUGUGUCUCUUUGUGUCUCCUGUGUCCCUUUGUGUCCCCUGUGUCCCCUGUGUUCCCUUGUGUCUCCUGUGUCCCUUUGAGGCUCUUGUUUUUCACUGUGUCCCCUGUGUUCCCUUGUGUCCCCUGUGUCCCCUUGUGUUCCCUGUGUUCUCUUGUGUCUCCUUCUGUCCCCUGUGUUCCCUUGUGUCUUCUUGUGUCCCCUUGUGUCCCUUGUGUUCCUUGUGUUCCUUGUGUCCCCUUGGUCCCUUGUGUCCCCUGAGUCUCUUGUUUCCCUUGUGUCCCCUGUGUCCUCUUUUCUGUUUGAAGAAAAAACAAAUAUAUGGCGGCGUUGCCCUUGUUUCUUUUAUGGCGCGAAAACUUUGAUGGGUUUCAUUGCUUUCAUAUGACAAAAUGCGGUUUCUUUUGCACGCUCAGGAGGUCAAAGGAUGUGAUUUUUCAUGAAAAUCAAAACACAAUGUUCUGCUUGACUUAUUUAGAAAAUAAUUUGUGAAAUUUUUAGUAAUGGACUAACAGGUCACUGAUUUAUUAAGUUGGGCGACCAACUUGGAGGCUUGGGCACCUCAGCUAAAAUAUUUAGCAGCCCGAAGGGUUAAUCGAAAAUUUUAUUUGGGCGACCAUCUUUUAGGCCUGGGCAGCCCAGCUAAAAUGGUUGGGAGCCCAAAUCCCAGAAAACUUUCCUUAAAGCACAACCUCGCGCCCUGUAGUUAUUGGAUUUCUGAUACGUUGCGUGCUAUUGUUGAAUGUGGAAGUGCAUUUAUUGAGGAUAUUAGUAAAGGAAUGCAAAUGUUAGCGAACUACUCCGUACUCUUAACAUAUAUGGUGGUAGCAUUGAUGUAAGUUUUGUUUUGCGGAGCAAAGGAACCCUUGUGUGUAACUAAACUAAUCUUCUGGUGUAUUUAACAGAACAUGUCCGUCUCUCCUGCACACAUUUGUUUUCGAUACACUGCUCAACUUUCCAAUACCAUUCAACAUAAUUCUUACUUACACCGACACAUUCCGCGUAAACGCCUUCGGGCGUCUUCUGGUUCUCACAAAGACACAGCGAAGUAAACAGUAAAAGUAAGGGGCAACUAAUUUUAAAGUUCCGAAGAAACAGAAAGACAUAUAGGAUGUUUUGUGAAAAUAGCAAAUAAGCGUGAUGGUGUCUCAGAUUAAGUAUAAUUAACCUUGCACGAGUUGCACGCAUGUAUAAAGUACCGUACACGUUAUCUAGUUAAUAAAACGCCAUAUGCUGUCUUUUAGUUUUGCCAUUGACUAGGUUUUGCUUCGUGUAUUAGACAGUUUUUAGUUGUUGUUGUUUUUUUGAAGAAUGUCGACAGUGGCGAGUAGUAGAACGAAAAUGUAAUUGGUAGUCAUGUAAGUAACCAGAGAAACCAUUUAAAGAGAUCUUUGUCUACUUCAAUUAACUAAACCUCCCGCAAAAAAUAGCAACAUUUGCCCCUCCGAGACAAUGUACUUUUAGUUUGAGUGGUAUGAAGCUCAAUCCCAAAAAGGCUUGAAAACUCUUCGUUCUCCCUAUUUUUCUUCGAUUAUUGAAGAGUUGGAAAACUCAUAUCUCAUUUCCCUGUUAUUCCCAACUUGGCGUCACUUUGAUCUGUAGCUCAUAAUUUGAUCCCAGUCCACUGCAUCACACCUUUUUGCUCGAAAGCGCUUGUUUCAUCGCCCAACCUUUAUCCGCCCUGGGGCCUGACUCUUGAAAGGCCAGGAAUCUUUUCGGGCAGGAAGGCAAAUUUUAAUAUCAAAUCCUGUUGAAUUGUAGCACAGUUCCUAGCUCACAGACCAGUCCAGUCAAUUUUGCUUCAUUAACUGAUAGUUUCAUUGUAUAAUUUUCAGAAUUAUUAAAACUUUGAUCUUGAAUGCAAACACGCGUACGGCAAACAUAAAUCAGCUUUCCGGGCCCGAAAUGUUACCGUGACUUUCGAGAAACGGGCCCCUGGUCACAACAUAGCAACAGUGCAGGAAAUUAAAAAGUAACUUGUCUGAGAGGAGCCUGGGAGCGAAAGCGUAUCAUUAGAGGUGUAUGCGUUUUCAAUGGCUAACGUUGGUGGUUUACCAUUUACAAAACGUUUUGGGAAAUUUUCGGUUAGAGAGUAAAUAAACACUUAAUUCUGGGUCGUUCCAGUGACAAAUUUCUGGGAGUAGCGGAGUAACGUCUGGAAAGGUAGUCUUGUUUUCCCGGUGCGAAUGCUUCAAGUGGAAAUUCGUAUUCCAUGAGUUCAGAACCACUUUUAAUAGCAGUUUCAGGCUUUUGCGGCUAUCUCUGCGGUAAGUGGGAUUGAUUUGUGCAAGAGGUAAAGCUGAUUCUUUGUUUAUUAUUUGUCCAGAUCGUGAACAGAUCGGUUUGCCCAUUUAAAUGGUAAAGAAACAAAUUGUGGACACAGAGGUCUUUAACGUUUUUCAAUUUGGUGACACGAAAAUCGAGGUUUUCGACAACACCUUUGUGUGGACAUGUCCUCAAUCAAUUGCUUAAUGACCCUUCCGACCGAUAAUGUUCACACCUACCUCGUAGGUCCUUCCUAAGAAUACUCAUAUUAUAUUUUCUCUUGUUCUAAUUUUUUAAGACAACAGUGUUUGCACAUUACAUCUGGAUAGCUCCUUUGGCAGUAUGCGUUGUAGCAUUCUUUUGCUGGCAAGAGGUUGGGCUUGCUGUUCUGCCUGGUGUUUUUCUAUUCCUUUGUCUUGUACCGUUCCAGUGGUGGAUUGGAAGAUUCUUUGUCCGUUUGAGGUACUGUUUGACCAGUGCUACCACAUGAAACUAUAAUAUUACAGUAAACAAUUUACAAGGAAAGUCCCGUAAGGGUGUUUGCGAUAGUUUAAAAGUGUUUUCGAUGUUGUGGUGAUGAUCAAAUUUCAGUGUGGUAUUGCAGUAAUUUAUUCCUGAAUUUCCCACCGCGUGGGAUCAGGUAUUUUUGUGUUUGGAACGAUAGACUUUGCGGCAUUUAAGUGUGCGCUGCUCUGUACGCUGCUCGUCGUAUGGUGCUCUUAUGUUUUUCAUUUUGUCAUGAAUUAAGCUUGAUUCAAAGAAACAAGGUUUAAAAAAAUACCGUAAAAUUCCGAAAAUAAGCCUCUGGGCUUAUAUUUUUCAAAGGCCCUUUUUGAGGGGUUAUUUUUGGAGGGGUUUAUAUUCGGAGGGGCCUAUCUAUGGGGGGAAAUUUGCACUUCAAAAUCGAUUGGGCUAGCCUUAUAGUUGGAAGACAAUUUACCGUUUUUGCUUUGUUUUACUUUGUGUUUGAGGGCAGUUUCCUAGUACAAGCUCCCGGGGGGCUUAUAUUUGGAGAGGCGAUUUAACGGAGGGUUUUUUGCCUUACGAGUUUGAGGGGCUUAUUUUCGGAAUUUUACGGUAUUCGUACUUUUCUAAUGCUCUUGGAUUUUCAAUGAGAUGCGACCACUAAGAAUGUAUGUUUCCUGAGAGGUCCGUCGUGGUGAUAGACGGAAACGGAAAACGAAAGCGUAAGUUAAAUUUUUGAGUUUAGAGGUGAGAAGUUAUUGAAAGGCGCAGUAAACUUGAAUUAAAAGAGCUUAUCGCUGGGAUGACAUUUUACAGCAGAAGAUUUUAAGCAAAAAAAUUAGACUACGAACAAACUUAAUCUUAGAAAAAAAUUGAUCAUAAAAACACUGAAACUGGGUAAGCUUUAGGGGAGAGUGAAUUAAUUUUUUUCAGAUCCAAAAUUGCAGCCCUUACAGAUGAACGCAUCAAAGUGAUGAAUGAAAUAAUCUCUGGAAUGAGAGUCAUCAAGAUGUACACCUGGGAAAAACCUUUUGCUAAGCUGGUAGCCAAUCUUAGAAGGUUUGCUCCCAUUACUUUACCCGAGCUUAUUAUUAAUUCAUGAAGACGACACAAUAGAUAAGAGAAGUGUGACGUCACAAAAUUCAAAUUUGUAAAAUUAUGGUAUUGGAAGGCAUAUUCAGAGCAAAAAGGAUGAAAGAAGCCCCCUUGCAAAAGAAUCAGCCUUUUAUUGCAAAUUGGCGGGGAGAUAAACGCACCUUUAAUGCUCUGAUGACUCCGCACAAAUCCUUCGAAAAUUGGCUUGGAUCGAAACGUUUACGAUCCAGCCCUAUUUUAGACGAAUUUAUAUGGAGUCAUUGGAGCAUAACAUUGCUUAUAUCUCCCCGCCAAUUUGCACUGACGGGCUUUUUUUUGGCAAGUGAACAUUUUCGUCUUGUUCUUUCUUGAUAUGCCAACCUAUCCCAUAAUAUCACAACUUUAGUUUUUGUGACGUCAUCACUUUUCUUCUCUAGUAAGGCAAAGACAAAACAUUUUCAACUGCCUGUUUGAAUUGUACCCCCUCAUUCUAGACACCAACUUCACGUAGCUAUAAUUAACGAACAGUCCCUAGCAUACAAAAGUGUUUGCAUGUCAUUCACUAUCACACACACAUUCCAAUGUUCUUAUGGUGUGCGAGGGACAUUUAGGCAUAUUGUGGUUACAUACAUAUUUCUAUGUCUAGAGCCUUUUCAGAAGUAUUCAACCAGCUCAACUUGCUCAAAUAGCCAUCAUGUACAAUGUAGUUGAACAUUCCAAAUUAGAAAUACAAGCAGCUUUUAACUGUAGUAUGGUUUCCUUUCCAGACAGGAGAUCAAUCAGACAAAGUGGUACGCAUUUUUCCGGGCCAUCAAUGGUGCAUUCUAUAUUUCCGCCCUGGCAGUAAUAAGCUUUGUUGUUUUCACCACAUAUGUGAUGACGGAGCACACAAUAACCCCAGAGAGGGUAUUUGUUGUUCUGGGUCUGUUCCUGUCAGUGAGAGUGUGCUUCACGUUAUUCUUCUCUUUGGGCAUAAUGAACGUAAGGGAAGCAUCAGUGACAGAGAAGCGAAUACAGGUAAAGUUGUUCGAGAUUUAGAGCUGAUUGCGCGCGAGGCUGAUAACUUGUUGUGUGGAAGUGUACACUGGGAUUGUUUUGGGGAUGGAUUUUGCCUGCGCAACCUCGUAAUAGGUCAUCAUGCAAUUGUCUUAUAGCCAAUGAAAGACGUGAUAGCGUCCCUAAACUCCCAUAGUUGAUUUCGACUCAGUACUGACCAUGUCUCACGUGUGACAUCAAAAUGGAUGAUAUGCCUCCUAAAGUAAAAUCGCAGAAUAUUAGCGUCCGAAGCUUCGUAGUAAAUGUUGAACACAGUAUUAGGGGAGCUCGGAUCUUUACGGAAAUUUAUGCCAGUUGUACAUGUGGUCUAUUUUAAAUAAAGUUAAUUGGCGUGGUGAGAGAAAUUAGUUUGUUUUGACUUACUAGUUGAAGCUCCAUUACCAUUUUUCACUUGAAAAUUGUUAAAAGGAAUUCUCCUCGAGGCGCAGCUGAGUUAACUUGCGCCACAGAAAAUAUUAACUUCUGGCUAAGACCGUCUUCGAAACAGCACCGAAAUCCUUGUUCUGGAUCCCCCAGCAUGCACCAUGAUUGGCCUGUUAAAAAGCCAUCGUCAAUUUGUUAGUCAGGUUGAAGGGAAAUUGGAAGCGCAUUUCCGGUAAUACAUUAGGUCCUUUGCGGGCCCAAGUACAAGGAUAUGGGCGCUCACUCCACUGCGCAGACGUUACUAACCGGGGUUAGAUUACGUCUGCGACGCAGGCUAAAGGUGGUGUUGCACGGGACAAUUCGCAACGAUGGUUUUUAGCGCAAUACAGCGUUGCAAUGUUGGAAAAAUGCUGUAACUAUUCGAAACAACGUCGCAACAAUGUUGUAACGCUGUUUUGCGCUAAAAAUCGUCGUUGCGAAUCGUCAUCACCUUAAUCCGAAUUUCCUCCAUAUAAAAAGCCCUCCUUGUAUCAAUCUCGUCCAAGUAAAUUCCUUCAAAAUGUUUUUAUAUACAUAUUUUAUCUUUAUUCGGGAAACUCAAAAGGAAUAUCCUGAAUCGAUGGAAAUCAAUAUCUAUGUAUACAUAGACUGCAUAUUGAUAAUCUAUUGCUAAUUAUGUUUUAGAAAUUCUUAGAGCUUGAAGAGCGAGAUCCAAAUAUGUGUGUCCAAGAAAGUAAAAGUGAAGCUGAUGUUCCAGUUGUAGUGCUGAAUAAUAUUACUGCUUACUGGGAUAAGGUAACAAUUCAGCAUAACGUUUUUGAAUAUAAACCAUACUAUUAUUUUAAGCAAAAGGCAUACAGCGUUUUGCUAAUCAAAAAUCAGUCAGCCUAUCAACAAGUUUUCUGCUGCUCAGAUUACACCACAUAAAGAAAGAGUAGAUGUUAAGUAGUGGAUAGGAGAUGUCUUUGUAGGUCCCGUUUUAAACACCUUUAUUCCUGCUGUUAUAACAUCCCCCUUCUCUUCGCUCAUAAGCCCUCUUGUUUAGUUAACCAUUGAAUGAGCAUCUAGCAUAUUAUACCUUUAACCUAUGACGAACAAUUACUGGCAGGUGCAUGAAACAUUUAAGCAUUUUCUUGUAACUGAGUACAUUUUUGUCAUCUGUUUCAGUCGUUAAACCCCACCUUGAAGGACAUCACCUUUGAAGCCAAAUCGGUACGUAUUUCUGUUGAAUCUAAAAAAAUGUUGUAGUUACGUAACGUUUUCGUCAAGUAUGAGUGACCGUCGUCAAAACUGAUGGUUGUUUUUCGUUGUAAAUUUUAUUGGAAAUAUUAUGGGUUUGCCCAUAUUUCCCUGGUUCUCGUGGUUUCCCUUUGACCUUUUGUUCCCCUAGUCAUGGAAGCUGAGCGUAUGUUUGGUCAUAGCGGUGGCUGAGAGAUGAACAAUGACUAAAGAAUGAAAAGUUAGGUUAGAGUUCAUUGCUCCCGUGAAGACAUUUACCAUCACCUUAAAUGACCGCAAUAAGACAAUGUUGUUUUUCUUUGAAAGGUUACUUAUCGGUUGGUUGCUAGUGAAGGUUGGUCGUCCUAUCCGUCUCGGAAUAAAAACAGUAGCAGGUCAUAGGUUGUCAUAGCCAAACAAUCUUGAAAAAUCUUGAAAAUCUGUGAAACCUAAGCUGGCUUAUUCUAAGAGCGAGGCUGCACUCGUGUUUUUUUCCUCAUUGUCUUUUGCCAUUUGGGUUUUCAAAUGGUCCUGGGACUUUUUAGAGACUUAAAGAAAGCACAGUUAUGGGCCCUGUUAGGUGAGGGAAAUCAGUUAGUACCAUCUUUUUGAUACCCCGCAGAAGAAUUUUUUUUGAAGAAUUGUUUCUUGCAGACGCUUGAAAGCGUUUGCAAUAAGGUCAAAAAGAUAUCUAGUUAACAACAACAACAACAACUUUAUUACACAUUAACGCCUGCGUCGCAAGUGGAGGUUGGGUGCCCAUGGGCCAGGGGGCUGCAACCGCAAUACACCCCAAGGCGGAAGAACACCCACAGGCCUACCAACCCGCAACCCAGCCACGAGCCCCCCCGCGCCCAGCCCCCAACUAUAGCACCCGUCACACUGAGGCCAGAAGCCCAGUGGAAGUAAAAUGAACCAACCCCUGAAAAAAUAAAUAACUAAAUAAAUAAGAAAGAAAGCGGAGGGAGGGAGGGGAACCAAGAGAAACGCUACGCUACUGGAACGCCACGCCACGCCACGCUAACAAAGCUUCGAGUACAACGCAAACACAACGUAGGCACGUGGCCUCCGCAUGCGCCAAAGCGACAUACCGCUGGACAGGAAUCUGCCCUCCAGCUCACGAACAAUGGUAAACGCUACAAACGCAAACAUAGUCACGCACAACGCUACAGAUGACCAACGCGCUACCAAAGAAUGCCAAAAACACCCGGGACCAUAGCUCCUGGUCGUUAACUACAUUAAUAUGAUUUAAUAGUAUUUAAACAGUUUACAAAUCGUAAAUUAAAGUGAACUAAAGAGGAAAAAGGAAAUUUUUCACGCAACCGGCACUUAGCUUAAACUAAUUGAGGCGUGAGGUGAAGAGGACGAGAAAGAAAAUAUUAAAAAAAAGAAGUAAUAAUUAUAAUUUUACUAAGAGAACAAAAACUAGAUACCCUACACUGCGUAAUUAUUUGCUAAAAAUAGUUAAAUCUAUUAAAUACGUUACAUCUAUUUUGAAGAGCUUGGACGUUGUAUUUGAACGAAAGUAUCGACUUCAGCAUAGUCGUCCCUAUCCAAAAAUGUAUGGAAUAAAAAUCCACGAAUUUUUCUUUUUAAAACGAAUUUAAAAGUAUCCCUCCAGUUGGAAGGAAUUAGGUUCCAUACUUUUGCUCCAGGUAUUGAGAAUGAGCGCUUUCAUCUUUGCCUCUUUCUGAUAUUAAUUGCCUUUAGUAGCAUGCUUUGUAUUGUAUUUGUGAAUUUCAUCUGACCAGUUGACCAUUGUUUCAGUGAUGUGAGUUUACACUGUAUUAGAGUCAUCCGGUAUAUACAUGUAUAGCACGAAUUUAUACGAACAAUGCAUGAGUCAAUAUAAUAAUAGACUUGUGUAUUGAUGAUUAGUAUGUUUUCUUUUUUGUUAGGAGAACUCCACAUUGUUGUUGGGCCAGUGGGAGCGGGAAAGGUAAUGAACGUUUUAGCUGUACUAGUUAAUGUGUGUAGAAGCACUGUAGGCUACAGAUUGUAAAUUGUUUACCCACAGAGCACUUAGGGGUUCUUAAGAACUCGUUGAAACGUGUUCGUGCCUUCCAGAUCAAAAUGGAAUUUGGAAGCGUUUUUCUUUUUAAGGAGAAGGGAAAACCAAAGUACCUAGAGAGAAACCUCUCUGAGCAAGGGAGACAAGCAACAACAAACUCAACUAUUUUAUUCAAACUCGGGCCACAUUGGUGGCUGCGCCACCCUUGCUUUCAUUAUUAGACGUUUAACGAGGCAAAAUGUUGACUUUAAACAUUUAUACCAAGUUUUCAAGCUCACUAUAUAUGGCGCUCUUGUAAUAGCUUUCAUUGAACAAGAACUCUAGGAAGAAGAGUGCUAGUGCAUUACGUUGGUAAAGAUUCGGUGACGAUUCGAACAAGCCACUUUCUGGCUGAACUUUGAUGGUUUUAGACAAAAUGAUUUGGCCACAAAAUUACAAAACACUUUAAUACUAGACAAGUUUAUCUUUGAUCUUCAGACCUCAUUGUUGAUGACCAUGCUCGGUGAACUGGCAAUUUCUGAUGGUCAGAGGCAGGUUCGUGGUAAAGUGGGCUAUUCGUCCCAGCAACCUUGGAUUUUUUCAGGAACAGUCAAAGAGAAUAUUGUGUUUGGUCAAGAAUUUAACAAAGUUCGGUAUCAGCAAGUCAUCAACGCCUGUGCUCUUAAAAAGGUUUGUCUCCUCCUUAAAAAUUACAAAGCUCGUCACUUGCACAUCUUCCAAAAUGCACCUUGUUUGCUCCCCAAAAUUUUGCUCAAGUGUUGUUUUCAGUUCCUUUUGAGAUGGCUGUAAUACCGAGGAGAAAUGGAAAACAAAGGUUAUAGAAAAUUUUUGGGGUCAAACAAGGUGUAUUAUGGGAGAUGUGCAAAUGGCGACUUAUUAAUGUUCACCAGGGCGAGAAUGAAGCUGGCUCCUCUUUGCGAUAUUCAUUUUCUUCUACUGUUGCCACUCAUUCUAUUUUUUUGUUUUACUGUGUUCUGUUUAACUUAACACUUUAAGUAGUUCAGAGUCGGUUUGUUUAAUGCUGGGUUAAGGUAACCCAAGGUUAGAGCCAAAUUUUAAUUCAAAUGUGAAAUAGUUUUUUUUGUCAACAAUUUGAUGACUCGGUGCUCUCAAAAGAGUGGAUAAACUUAUUUAAGAAAAAAAAAAUACACUUUUGAACGAAUAAGGCCCGCGUUAAAAUCUAACCCCGUAGUAGCACCAAUCGACUUUCCAACAGCUGGGCCCAGAGUUGCCUAUACGACCUAAAUAUAUCCUGUCCACUUCCAUGACCGCCGUAUUGUAUUUUGCAAUGUUUACAUUUCAUCGUUGAACUUUUGCUGAUUAUAUUCCUUUUCUCACAUUUUCUUGCCGUGGGAUUUCACAGACCCUUUUAGACUCCUUCUAUAAUUAGCGUGUCGUUUUUAAAUUUGAUAAUAUUUAUUAGAUUUAAAUGCGGCUAAUUGGCUCUACAUUGCCACAACCUUAGCCAGCAAGGUUUUGUUCUUCCUAUGUAUUAAUAAAAGACCUGCAUUUAAACGUCUCCUCUAACUUGUGUUACAGGACUUGAAACUUUUUCACAGUGGUGAUUCCACUCUGGUAGGAGAAAGAGGUGUGGUGCUAAGUGGUGGACAGAAGGCACGCAUUAGUUUAGCAAGGUCCGUAUGGCAUUGUGUUUUCUUUGUAUGUAAUUACGUCUUACCUGUAAAUUAUCCGUUCCCAACAACUGUGGCUCUACCUGCUUUGUCUCUUUGUCUAUUUGUCUCUUAUCUGCGCAAUUGCAUAUGAAGCUGUUUUAGCUGGCUUAGUGACCCUUGACUGUGGGUUGUUGAAUUUUGUUUAUCUCUAAAGUAAAUAGAAAUCAAUUGUCAUUUUGACACAGUCACGCUGCUCAGUCAUGUAGGCUUACUGUUACUGGAUGGGAAGAGAAAUAGAGGUUUGGGGGGACACUCAUUGCGUUCGUGAACCGCACCCCUUAUUUUGUGUUGGGUUGCCCGUUUCUCUUUUUUUUAAGGUUCCUGUGGUUACAGUAGCCAGGACGUUUUGACAUUCCAAACAUUCCGAUGGUUACUUAAAUGGCGCCCCAGAUGUUUUUUGGAGGGGCUUGUGUCCAUCGCGCACCCUCAGCCUUUGCAGCCAAUUCUCGUGGUUGCGUCGCGUGCGUUUUUCUUUCUUUGCGUAGAUGUUUAUUCCUUCGUUACGUAGCUUUUUUUUUCAGGAAUUUUUCAUCGCAAAAACGUUUUCCUUUCGUUGCAGAGCUGCGAACGUAAGUAAGUAAGGCAAAGAAAUGCUUUGGGAACCAGUUAGAACUGAAAACGUUUUGGCGAAGACGAAGAGUUUGAAAGGAAGUGACAAGAAAUUCCCGAGAAUUGAGGCGAUACUUACUUUCACUAUAUGCAAAUGAGGACUAAAUGAAAAUGUAAUGACCACGUUAUAGGCGUGCGAUUUAUUUGGACGGAUGACUUUAAUGGGCCAUUAUUUUAAUCGCUUCUUGGUCUAGUGAUCGCGUCCGCAGGCAGCUUGAACAUGAAUAAUAGUAAAAUUUUCCUCGAUCUGGUUUAUUUCGCUUUACAGAGCUGUUUACUACGAUGCAGACAUAUAUCUCUUGGAUGAUCCCUUGAGUGCUGUUGACACCCAUGUUGGACGGAAACUCUUUGACAAGUUAGUCGAGGCUUUUUUCAAAUCUUUGGAAGAGUCGGGGCGAGUCCUAUCCUUUUUGCUCUCAUUAGCAUUCGAGUUAACCCAUAAUUUUAAGCCGUGGCUGUAUAUACACAUUGUGUUGAAAAAUUGAAACAGUCGUGUGAGCUGCUUGAUGUGAGCAGUUGGUUUAAUUUUCAGCUCUUUGCAGUUAAUAGCAAAACAAAUAGAAGCAAUCAAAAACUGCAAAAUUGCUGGGUGGCAAAAAACGUUAAUGAGCCCAUACAUUCUUUGUAAAGUUUUUUGGUGUUUCAAAGAGAAUUUCUACGAAACUAUUCGGUAUAUCGGGCUCAAAUUUUCAGACUGAGAUAACUUCAGGGUAGUCAAAAAGUAGCCGGCUGCCCGCGAAAAUCGCCGCCUACUUUGUUAGUAUCGGUCGUCUACUCUGCUUCCUAGACAGGCCGCUGACUUUGACAACUCAGCCGUAACUGAAAACUGAAAUAACUGAAAUUGUGAUGCUCUUUCAAUAUUCAGAGACUUUGUUUUAUUAUAGCUUCAUCAGAUAAUAAUAAGCAUCUGUUAAUAAGGCAAAAAAUGUGAACAGGAAUUCGCCUAUAGUCCCUGCUUUUUGGAACCCUCAAUUCUUCCAACCAGCAAAUCAUUCAAACCAGAACGUCAAAUCUGUCAUUCUACCCCGAAAUUCUUUAGCCCAGCUUCUGUGUGGCCAGGACAAAGUUUCAAAUAUGGGAAUUUUAUCUGUACAUUGUUGUACUUUUGCUUUUUGUAUGGUGCAAAUGACCAAUCUAUGUAUUGAAGUAUGUGAUAGCUUCAUAUGCUUUGCUUAAAGUGAUAUAUGUAAAUAGUGCUCGUUUAUUACGCUCUGAUAAUACUAUCCUUUUGUUGCAGGUGCAUAUCUGAAUUUCUUGAACAUAAAAUCUGUAUUUUAGUAACUCAUCAAGUGCAAUACCUUAAGGAUGCAACAUCGAUCUUUUGUCUGCAAGAGGUUAGCAUAAAUCAGUAAGCUAAAACUAACUAUAAGAUAACCCCAAAAUCGUGUUCUCAUUUACGUAGACGGGUGCCGCUUCGGCUGUAAUGGGUAACUGUGUGUUUGCCUUUAUACGGAACGAUUUCCUAUGGAGCUUUUUUUUUACUCGUGAAUCGUAUCGUCGCACGUAUGUAUUAUUUACAAGACUCGAAAUCCUGUUGACUGACAAAUAACGCAUUGAGGUGACAGACUUACCCCCAAGAGGUGCUCGUAGUCAAGGGAAUUCUACGCACAGACAACGUAGAAAACGGAAAAAACUAGGGCCUUCGCUGCAGCGACUCCUUUCUCCUUCUUUCUUUGUACGGCAUGACGUGUUAGGAAACGAGCGAAUUAGAUUGUACGCGGAAGAGCUCAGAAGAAAAUUGAGCAAUAAAAGGAGGGAAAAUGAUGAAGAAGGGCAAAAUUCGUCAAAAACAUACAGCCAUAUCAAUUUUUGACUUCGUAGCUUGUAUUUUCCAUCGUCCCCUGGGAAAGUAUCCGAGUAUAGCAUCUGUCAAACCAUCAUGAAAGGUAUAUACCUUAUUCAGGAUACGUCGAUACGAUUCCGGAUUUUUUUGAAAUCGCAUACUUUUUUUACACAGAUCGGCCUUAUGUCCACACGAAACCAAUCAAUCCGGUCACCGAAACCGCAUUGUUUUCAAACCGCUCUCCAGAGAAGGUUUAAGGUGCUGUCCACACGAAUCCGGAUAAAAAAUAUCGUAAAAUUCCGAAAAUAAGCUCCUCCUUGUAUAAGCCCCUCCAAAUAUAAGCCCCCAAACCGGUAACGCAAAAACCCUCCGUUAAAUCGCCCCUCAAAUAUAAGCCCUCUAAAAGGCCCUUUGAAAAAUAUAAGCCCCAGGGCUUAUUUUCGAAUUUUACGGUAUGCGGUUUCAAAAUGUCCUGAUUCGUUUGGACAUGGCCUCAGUGAAGGUUGCUUUUGGCAUGGGGAAUGGCGCAUUGGGAAGCUAUUUUUGGUGGUCCCUCAAGCACAUCAUUGCAAUGAGUUCCGUAUGCCCAAAUGUCCAAUGUCCAAUGAUCAUCUGUUUUGAUUUAGCUGUAUUUAGUUUUUCCUCGUUUUUGUGCUGUUGAUGUUUGCUGAUAUCUAUUGUUUUCUUCAGGGUUGUUGUGUUGGAGAAGGUACUAUGUCAAAUUUGUCAAAAUCUGGUCUUGAUGUGCAAUCACUUGUCUCCAUACCGGGUGAGACGGAUACGGAGAGUGUCAUUGCGGCGGAUGAUGUUCACGUGGAGGAGAAGAUUCAAGACACUAAAUCUACGGUAAAACGGGCAACAAAAAUGUGCAACUUGUUUUGCAACAUUUCUGCAAAACGAGUUGAAAAGUAAUGUUGCGCGUUCAACCACCCACGUUCAAAUCUGUCUUGCAUCAGAUCAGGUUGUCGCAAGUUGCAUGAAUACUGACCUCUGAUUGGAUAAAAUUACGCCGGAGUCACGCCAUACAUAAGAGCGUCACUUGUUACAAAACAAGUUUGUUUUGGGAAAGUGAAACAUGUGCGGAUUUUGUUGCAAGAGUACAACGUACAACUUUCUACUUUCUGCAACAACUUUUCGCAACCUGCAACAACCUGAUCUACGGUGGGAAUCGAACUAACGCUGUUCAGAUAAGACAUCGUUGCUCUUUACAUUUUACUUGCCCAAACCAUCACGAGGGCAUGAAAAAAGAAAAAAAAACAACAACCGCGGACACUAAUGCGUCUCCCAAGGAGACGGGGGCCGCUAUUUCUACGUGGUCAUCCGAGCAUUGAGCGAAGGUCUAACCGUUUGCAGGGCAAAGGCAGUACUUUCUUCCAUUAGUCUGACCCGGGGAUUGAACCCGUGACCUCUCGCUCUGACGUCCAGCGCUCUGUGAUAGCAAACGUCACAAACAACGAAAAUGAAUUUUGAGAAACGGUUAGGCUAACAAGUUUUCAAAACCCACCACCGCAAUCCGUUUUAUCAUCUUUAACUUUGUCCAUCCAUGUCUUCUUCAGUAUAUGCUGCGAUAUUUACAUGCGCCUUCUUUUAAUGUUUUGAGCGGGUAUUUUUUUGUUUCAUAGAAUUAAGUGGCAGUUCCUUCUGUUUGAAUUUUGAUAAACUUUGUGACAUAGCCCCUUUAAACCUGCGCUAAAUAUUUGAUCUGAUAAAUAUUUCACAUAAGCGCGUCCAUUGAAAGUUCCUUACUGUACGAAUUUUCGUGUAGGAAACAGCCAAGAAGCAAAAUGUUACUACAAAAGAAGAUCGCUACACAGGGACAGUGACGUGGAGGGUGUACGUUAAUUUCUGGUUGACAGGAGGUGGCGCUUUUCUGACGUUGCUGUUGCUGAUAGUUUUCCUUGCUUCACAGGUGCGAGUUUAGCAGUCUUUUUAUUUUUUCCAGUUUGUAAGAUCUAACUACCGUCAGAAGAAAAAAAACGUUAUUUUUUGGGUGUAUUUUGCUUGAAUGUGUGUCUUUUUCGACGGAAGAGAUGGAGAAAGAUCCUCCGUCUGUUAUAGUCCUCUGACUGGUCCCUAUAGGGUAGAUACCUGAUGACAUCACAAAAUUUGAGAAAUUGUUAGGUUGGGUGGCUUAAUUAAAAAAAAAACCAAGAUGAAAAAGGCCCAAUUGUCAUGAAUUAACAUGCUAGUUCAAAUUGGUGGUGAAAUAUUAGCAACGUUAUGCUCAAAUGACUCCACGCAAAACCUUCUAAAAUUGGCUUUGAUCUUACCUUUUUGGAUUUUAGAAGGAUUUUAUAAUCCCGCGUUACGUUGCUAAUGUUUCACCAACAAUUUUCUAGCCAGCUGAAUUUUGGCAUGUGGACAGAUUUCAUGUUGCUCAUUCUGAAUGCCUCAGUCAAUCCCAUUCGUGAGGUCACACUUCUUUAUUCUGUGCGCUAUUAUCUCAGUUCUUGUCGAUGUGCAGUGUUUCGCCCCAUUUAAGGGAAUCCGGGACAAUCUUGGAUUCUGGAUUCCACGCUGUGGAUUGCGAAUUCCAGGUACUGGAUUCCAGUCUUUGUCAGUAGAACUUGGAUUCUGAAUUCCAAUCAUUGGUGCGAUUCCAGAUUCCUUGAACUGUAUUCCGGAUUCCAAAACCCAGGAUUGCGGAUUCCAGAAGCAAAAAUUUGCCGGAUUCCGGAUUCCCUCACAUGGGGCGAAAUGAUUGAUGUUUUGAGCUUAACCAACCACGAGGACGAUGUCAGUGGAAGGAAACUUCCUUCAAAAAUAAGCUUGCGUUUUUUCAAACUUUAUCGCGUUCAUAGUUCUCAGGACUGUCUCCCAGUUCCAAAUUGUCUUCUCUGUGUGUUUACGUUCUCCAUAAAAACAUCGCAGAAGGAAGUUUUACGUCGUAGUCGUGCAGUGGUCGUCAAUACCGAAAUGUAUGAAACAAAAUGGCAUGCUCCUGCAGCUA